ACCAGUUUCAUAGAUCCAUUCGUAAUAUUGUUUGCUUGAAACGUGUUGCGUGUUAUUUUUUUCUGUUAUUUAUACAUGUAUUCAGAUUUGGUGAAAAAGAUUUCAAGAUUUUUAUUUUCUAGUGUUUCAAGGACAAAAAAGUUUAAAUUUAUAUGCAAUAAAUAAAAGAAAUUUAAAAAUAAUUGAGUGUAGAGAUCAAUCUGUCAAAUCAGAAUUACGAUGGAUCAAGGAUUUCCAGCACAACACACUACUACUACCACUGUAACGACGAGUACGACUACAACACAACCAAAUAUUCGAUUCGAUUCAUCUUAUAUAAGAACAUUGCCUGGAAUUCUUAAAAUCGUUCAAGUAAUUCUAAAUCUUUUGGGAUUCAUAUGUAUUACGGUAUCGUCUUAUCAUACUAGCCGUGGAGAAUGGUUUAAUACUGUGGCUAUGGGAGGUUUUUGGUUCACAGGAAUAUUACUUGUUUUUUAUUUGUUUCAUAUUGUAGAAAAAUUCUCGAAAAUUCCUUGGUUAAAAAUUGAAUUUUUAUUUUGUAUAAUUUGGACUGCUUUCUAUUUGCUGGCUGCUUCUCUUGCAGUUGAUUAUGCCAAAUAUAUAGAAGCUUACGGAGUAGCAGCAUUUUUUGGAUAUUGUGCUAUGGUAGUUUAUGGUUAUGAUGCUUGGCUCAAGUUUCAAGCUAUAAAAAAUGGUGCAUUAGCACAGGGACAGCACACACCGAAACAAGUGUCUACAAUGACAAGUCCUACAUAUUAAUUUCAUCGUAAAAUAUAUAAUUUUUUGAUGAAUUACACAAAUAGAUCAAUUGCAUAACAUAUCAUUGCUUUUAUAGAGAAGAUUUGAUAAAUUUUCAAAUUUUUCUCAUUUUAAUGCUUUAAUGCAAAAGACUAACAAAUAAUAACAGGGCACAAUAGAUUUGAAAAUUUCAUUAUUUUUUAUCUAUAAAACUUAUAUAUUUGUGUACACACAUGUUAUGUAAUUUCAUGGAA